GCCACAGCAUUCUUGUUCUGGAUAGGAGCAACAGCCAGGAUGCCACUCGACUGGACAAUUCCGUGGCUCGUCCUUGGUUUGGUCAUUGGUGCCUCAUCCAGCGACGUGUUACAAGACGUGACCCCAACCACUUUAGUUGAAGUAUACACAACCCCUGUAAUUGAAGAGGUGAGCCAUUCUGGCAGCAAACUAUACUGCUCCACUUGGGGGAACUACCACUUCAAGACAUUUGAUGGAGGUUACUUUAAUUUUCCGUCCACGUGCAACUACGUCCUCGCCUCGGAAUGCAAAGGCUAUGAAAGAUUCUACAUUCACCUCCAGCGGCAAGAGACAGGGGGCACUGUUAGUAUCAGGAGUGUCACCAUCAAGCUGGACGGGUUCUUAGUGGAGUUGUUCCAGUCUGCUGUCAACGUUAACUAUGAGACCAUCAACUUACCAUUCAGCAAAUAUGGUGUCUACAUCGACCGUGAUGACCCAUACAUUACAAUUGAAGCAGAAGUCGGUUUGACCAUCAAGUGGAAUGAGAAGGAUUCCCUGUGGAUCGAAUUGACUGAUGCUGACCUCAUGAAUCAAAUCUGUGGGCUGUGUGCUGUGGAGUCUUUCAAUGAAGGCUACCGCAUGUCACCGUAUAGUGUGGACACCUUUAAAAUAGACGGAUCACUCGAGUGUGAAGACUCGUCCCUCCUUAGCUACUGUGAGAGAAGCCAGAGAAGAGAAACUUGCCAGAGUGUCUUGUGGGGAAAGGACAGCCUCAGCUGUGUGAUUUUCAUCGACAUUAACUCCUUCAUCAAUGCCUGCGUGGAAGAUCUCUGUUCAUGCAACAACUCCGACUCGUGCCUGUGCUCCACGAUCAAAGAGUUUUCCCGCCAGUGUGCUCAUGCAGGAGGAUUCCCACAGCUCUCAAAUGCUUUUCCACAGUGUGAAGUGAGAAAAUGCCCGUUGAACAUGGAGUACAAGGAAUGUGGAAGUGCGUGUAAAGACACCUGCAGCAACCCACGCACAAGCGACUAUUGUGCCAAAGACUGUGUUGAGGGAUGCAGCUGCCCGCAAGGGACUGUCCUUGAUGACAUCACAGAAACCGGGUGUGUUCCAGUGGACAAGUGUCCCUGCUUACAUGAUGGCAAACCGAAAAAGUCUGGAGAGUCAUACACAAAGAAAUGUCAAACAUGCACCUGUUUUGGAGGUGAGUGGAGGUGCAGCUACAAAAACUGUCCUGGAGAAUGCACUGUGAGGGGAGGAUCACACGUGACCACCUUUGAUGGCAAAACAUAUACUUUCCAUGGAGACUGUUCUUACAUCCUGUCAAAGGAUGAAAAUGGCACCUUCACCAUUUCUGGUGACCUGGCAAAAUGUGAAGCAUCAGCAUUGUCUUGUUUGUUGGCCGUAUCUCUACAUCUGCCACAGUCCACGAAGAUUGUUGUCGACUUCAAAGGGCAGGUUUUCAUCAAUAACCUGAUGUAUCCCCUGCCUUUUAAAAUGGACCACGUUCAUGUAUUCCGCCCAUCUACGUUCUACAUUGUUGUUGAGACCUCCCAUGGACUGAUGCUGGCGGUCCAGCUAACACCCAUCAUGCAGCUGUCCAUCAGAGCCGGCACGUCUUAUAAAAGAAAUCUUCAAGGUCUCUGUGGCGAUUUCAACGACAUUGAAGCUGAUGACUACAAAAACCUGAAUGGACUGACAGAGAAAACGGCACCAGCGUUCAUCAACACAUGGGUGGUCCGGAAGCACUGUCCAGAAGCAAAGAGAAAAAUCGAAAACCCCUGUUCCCUGAGUAUGGAUAAAGAGAAAUACGCAUUGGAGUCGUGUUCAUCUCUGUCGGAUCCACAUGGGAUUUUCGCAAAGUGCCAUUCUGAAAUUGACCCAGAGGAAUACGAAGCGAUAUGCAUUUACGAUACGUGCACCUGUAGGAACAGUGAUGCCUGCAUGUGUGCAGCAAUUGCUUCCUACGUCCAAGCAUGCGCUGCUGAAGGAGUCUCUCUUACAGGAUGGAGAGACAAUAUGUGCCAAACAUACACAACCAGAUGCCCCUCAACUUUCGUGUACGACUACCAGAUGACAAGCUGUGGUCGUACCUGUCGCUCUCUCAGUCAACCAGACCAAACAUGUCAGGUUGAAUUUACACCUGUUGAUGGCUGUGGAUGUGCAGAAGGAACUUACCUGAACGAGGAGAGUCGGUGUGUUGAUGCCUCACUGUGUCCCUGCUAUAUGGACGACAUUGUGGUGAAACCUGGACAAUCCACACGAGUGAAUGGACAAAUCUGCUCCUGCCGUGAUGGAAAACUCCACUGCAGUGAAGGACCCCUGACUAAAACUGCAGUAUGCACCCUGCCGAUGGUUUUCUUCAACUGCUCAAAUGAAAAAUUUGACUCAAAAGGUUCUGAAUGUCAAAAAACAUGCCAGAGUGUGGACACGGAAUGUGAGAGCUCACACUGUGUCUCUGGCUGCGUUUGUCCUGCUGGCUUGCUGGCAGACAACAAGGGAGGCUGCAUUAAAGAAGAACAAUGCCCAUGCACCUAUAAUAAAAAGCUAUAUAAUCCAGGAGAGCAAAUUGCUGUGGACUGCAACACUUGCAUUUGCAACGGAAAAAAAUGGAAUUGCACCACACUUAUGUGUGACAGAACUUUUUCUGUAUAUGGGGACGGACAUUUCCUCACUUUCGAUGAGAAGGAGUUCCAUUUUAAAGGAGAUUGUUCCUACAUUCUCUGCCAGGAUUUCUGUGGUGGAGACGAAGUUGGCUCCUUUAAGGUCCUGACAAAGGGCAUCCCAACCAGUAAAAUUGAACUGUAUUUGGGGAACAAGAAAAUUGAAAUGUCAGAGGAGAAAGUUAAGAUUAUCAAUACCAACAAUGGAAAUGAGACCUCUUAUCAUCUGCGCCCUGUUGGGAAGUACAUGGUAAUUGAGGCAGAGAAUGGUCUGAUUCUUAUGUGGGAUCGGAAGGCAACUCUAAUGAUUAAACUCAGUGCCGCAUUCAAGGGAAAAGUUUGUGGCCCUUGUGGAAAUUUUGAUGGGAACAUUAAGAACGACUUCACGACUCGAAACAAGGACAUUGUGUCUGACGCCUACACGUUUGUCAACAGCUGGAAAGUGUCACCCAAGUGCCCAGAUUCAGUCGCACGAAGACAUCCCUGCACAAUCUUCUCAUAUAGGAUGGCGUGGGCAGAGAGGCACUGCAGCAUUAUUCGCAGUCAGGUAUUCGCUGACUGCCACUCAAAGGUGUCUUGGGAGGGCUAUUAUGAGGCCUGUGUAAAGGACAUGUGUGAGUGUGACCCUGAAGACAGAGUUGGAUUCUGCUCUGUUGUAGCAGCUUACGCAGCAGCUUGUAGUGAAGCUGGAGCCUGCGUCCGUUGGAGGACUCCUGCAAUUUGCCCUAUAUUCUGUGAUUAUUACAACCAUGAGGAGGGGUGCGAAUGGCACUACGAACCUUGCGGAAAACCAUGCAUGAAAACAUGUAGGAAUCCUUCAGGAAUGUGUUACAAUCAAAUUCCAGCAUUGGAAGGCUGCUAUCCAAGGUGCCCAGAUGAGAAACCUUUUUUGGAAGACGUUUCUAUGCAGUGUGUGUCAAUUGAGCAAUGUGGUUGCUAUGACGACGAGGGAAGACAUUAUGGGGAAGGUGAAGUAAUUCCUCAUCAACAAAACUGCCAUGAAUGCAUAUGCUCCUCGACUAACAUGAACUGUACUUACAACAUCCAAGAAUGCACAUGUAAAUAUGGAGGAAAACUAUACAAAUACAACGAAACAAUCUAUGACACCCAUGAUGGAAAUGGAACAUGUAUCAUUGCUAUUUGUGGAGAAAAUGGAAACAUUGAAAGAGUCAUUAAAGACUGUGUUACAUCCACCACUGAAAGGCCAACUACCACAACAUUUUCUUUUUCCACCUCAGAAAUAUCGACAACCAUUGUGACAACUCCAAGGAUGUCAACUCCUUUAACAACUAAACUUACAACAACAACGCCAACGGCAGUGCCAACCUCCUCAAUAUCAGCAACCACGAAGGCCUCCACAACAUCUCAAUCCACAACAUUCACCGGCCAAACCACAACAACAAAAACUACAGAAAGACCAACAACUACAUCAACAGAAACAUCUCAGAGCACAACCCGAACGACAAGAUCAUCUGUUCCCACAACAACCACACCAUUCGGAUCAUCAACAGCCACCACAUCUUCAACACCGACUGUGACAACUUCUACCACGACCAAGGAACACACAACCACGUCCACGUCCACCUCCACAACCACGCAGUGUGCAAUCUCUUGUAAUUGGUCAGACUGGAUCAAUAACAGCACAGGACAAGGUGGUGAUGGAGACUCUGAACUCUUGGAGGAAAUUGCUAAAUCUGUUCCAGGAUCUUGCAGACACCCUGAAGAAAUAGAAUGUAGGGAGGUUGACAGAAAAGUACCCUUCAAUGAAACCGGGCAGGAAGUAAAAUGUGACGUGACAUUCGGCCUAAUUUGUUACGACAAAGACCAAGUAUUCCAAAUAUUAACACAUAAAUGUUAUGAUUAUGAAAUCCGUGUUAAAUGUUGCUUUUCCGAAUGUUUGACAGCACCUACCCCAACAUCUACUACCAUUAAGUCCACAUCUACCUCCAAUCCAACGGCCUCGACAACUACUAAAUCUACAACAUCCACCGGUGAAACCACAACAACAACAAAAACUACAGAAAGACCAACAACUACAACAACAGAAACAUCUCAGAGCACAACCCGAACGACAGGAUCAUCUGUUCCCACAACAACCACACCAUUCGGAUCAUCAACAGCCAUCACAUCUUCAACACCGACUGUGACAACUUCUACCACGACCAAGGAACACACAACCACGUCCACCUCCACAACCACGCAGUGUGCAAUCUCUUGUAAUUGGUCAGACUGGAUCAAUAACAGCACAGGACAAGGUGGUGAUGGAGACGCUGAACUCUUGGAGGAAAUCGCUAAAUCUGUUCCAGGAUCUUGCAGACACCCUGAAGAAAUAGAAUGUAGGGAGGUUGAUAGAAAAGUACCCUUCAAUGAAACCGGGCAGGAAGUAAAAUGUGACGUGACAUUCGGCCUAAUUUGUUACGACAAAGACCAAGUAUUCCAAGUAUUAACAGAUAAAUGUUAUGAUUAUGAAAUCCGUGUUAAAUGUUGCUCUUCCGAAUGUUUGACAGCACCUACCCCAACAUCUACUACCAUUAAGUCCACAUCCACCUCCAAUCCAACAGCCUCGACAACUUCUGAAUCCACAACAUCCACCGGUGAAACCACAACAACAACAAAAACUACAGAAAGACCAACAACUACAACAACAGAAACAUCUCAGAGCACAACCCGAGCGACAGGAUCAUCUGUUCCCACAACAAUCAGACCAUUGACAUCAUCAACAGAGGAAGCCACCUCGUUCACACCACCAACUGCACCGGUUGUUCAAAACACCACAUCUUCAACACCGACUGUGACAACUUCUACCACUACCAAGGAACAAACAACCACAUCCACGUCCACCACCACAGAAAAGGUAUCUACCACGAGCAUGAAGGCCUCCACAACACCUCAAUCCACAACAUCCACCGGUGAAACCACAACAACAACAAAAACUACAGAAAGACCAACAACUACAACAACAGAAACAUCUCAGAGCACAACCCGAACGACAGAGUCAUCUACCUCCAAACCAACAUCGUCGACAACUACUAAAUCUACAACAUCCACCGGGGAAACCACAACAACAACAAAAACUACAGAAAGACCAACAACUACAUCAACAGAAACAUCUCAGAGCACAACCCGAACGACAGGAUCAUCUGUUCCCACAACAACCACACCAUUCGGAUCAUCAACAGCCAUCACAUCUUCAACACCGACUGUGACAACUUCUACCACGACCAAGGAACACACAACCACGUCCACCUCCACCUCCACAACCACGCAGUGUGCAAUCUCUUGUAAUUGGUCAGACUGGAUCAAUAACAGCACAGGACAAGGUGGUGAUGGAGACGCUGAGCUCUUGGAGGAAAUCGCUAAAUCUGUUCCAGGAUCUUGCAGACACCCUGAAGAAAUAGAAUGUAGGGAGGUUGACAGAAAAGUACCCUUCAAUGAAACCGGGCAGGAAGUAAAAUGUGACGUGACAUUCGGCCUAAUUUGUUACGACAAAGACCAAGUAUUCCAAGUAUUAACAGAUAAAUGUUAUGAUUAUGAAAUCCGUGUUAAAUGUUGCUCUUCCGAAUGUUUGACAGCACCUACCCCAACAUCUACUACCAUUAAGUCCACAUCCACCUCCAAUCCAACAGCCUCGACAACUUCUGAAUCCACAACAUCCACCGGUGAAACCACAACAACAACAAAAACUACAGAAAGACCAACAACUACAACAACAGAAACAUCUCAGAGCACAACCCGAGCGACAGGAUCAUCUGUUCCCACAACAAUCAGACCAUUGACAUCAUCAACAGAGGAAGCCACCUCGUUCACACCACCAACUGCACCGGUUGUUCAAAACACCACAUCUUCAACACCGACUGUGACAACUUCUACCACUACCAAGGAACAAACAACCACAUCCACGUCCACCACCACAGAAAAGGUAUCUACCACGAGCAUGAAGGCCUCCACAACACCUCAAUCCACAACAUCCACCGGUGAAACCACAACAACAACAAAAACUACAGAAAGACCAACAACUACAACAACAGAAACAUCUCAGAGCACAACCCGAACGACAGAGUCAUCUACCUCCAAACCAACAUCGUCGACAACUACUAAAUCUACAACAUCCACCGGGGAAACCACAACAACAACAAAAACUACAGAAAGACCAACAACUACAUCAACAGAAACAUCUCAGAGCACAACCCGAACGACAGGAUCAUCUGUUCCCACAACAACCACACCAUUCGGAUCAUCAACAGCCAUCACAUCUUCAACACCGACUGUGACAACUUCUACCACGACCAAGGAACACACAACCACGUCCACCUCCACCUCCACAACCACGCAGUGUGCAAUCUCUUGUAAUUGGUCAGACUGGAUCAAUAACAGCACAGGACAAGGUGGUGAUGGAGACGCUGAGCUCUUGGAGGAAAUCGCUAAAUCUGUUCCAGGAUCUUGCAGACACCCUGAAGAAAUAGAAUGUAGGGAGGUUGACAGAAAAGUACCCUUCAAUGAAACCGGGCAGGAAGUAAAAUGUGACGUGACAUUCGGCCUAAUUUGUUACGACAAAGACCAAGUAUUCCAAGUAUUAACAGAUAAAUGUUAUGAUUAUGAAAUCCGUGUUAAAUGUUGCUUUUCCGAAUGUUUGACAGCACCUACCCCAACAUCUACUACCAUUAAGUCCACAUCUACCUCCAAUCCAACGGCCUCGACAACUUCUGAAUCCACAACAUCCACCGGUGAAACCACAACAACAACAAAAACUACAGAAAGACCAACAACUACAACAACAGAAACAUCUCAGAGCACAACCCGAAUGACAGAGUCAUCUACCUCCAAACCAACAUCGUCGACAACUACUAAAUCUACAACAUCCACCGGGGAAACCACAACAACAACAAAAACUACAGAAAGUCCAACAACUACAUCAACAGAAACAUCUCAGAGCACAACCCGAGCGACAGGAUCAUCUGUUCCCACAACAACCACACCAUUCGGAUCAUCAACAGCCACCACAUCUUCAACACCGACUGUGACAACUUCUACCACGACCAAGGAACACACAACCACGUCCACCUCCACCUCCACCUCCACAACCACGCAGUGUGCAAUCUCUUGUAAUUGGUCAGACUGGAUCAAUAACAGCACAGGACAAGGUGGUGAUGGAGACGCUGAACUCUUGGAGGAAAUCGCUAAAUCUGUUCCAGGAUCUUGCAGACACCCUGAAGAAAUAGAAUGUAGGGAGGUUGACAGAAAAGUACCCUUCAAUGAAACCGGGCAGGAACUAAAAUGUGACGUGACAUUCGGCCUAAUUUGUUACGACAAAGACCAAGUAUUCCAAGUAUUAACAGAUAAAUGUUAUGAUUAUGAAAUCCGUGUUAAAUGUUGCUUUUCCGAAUGUUUGACAGCACCUACCCCAACAUCUACUACCAUUAAGUCCACAUCUACCUCCAAUCCAACGGCCUCGACAACUACUAAAUCUACAACAUCCACCGGUGAAACCACAACAACAACAAAAACUACAGAAAGACCAACAACUACAACAACAGAAACAUCUCAGAGCACAACCCGAACGACAGAGUCAUCUACCUCCAAACCAACAUCGUCGACAACUACUAAAUCUACAACAUCCACCGGGGAAACCACAACAACAACAAAAACUACAGAAAGUCCAACAACUACAUCAACAGAAACAUCUCAGAGCACAACCCGAGCGACAGGAUCAUCUGUUCCCACAACAACCACACCAUUCGGAUCAUCAACAGCCACCACAUCUUCAACACCGACUGUGACAACUUCUACCACGACCAAGGAACACACAACCACGUCCACCUCCACCUCCACCUCCACAACCACGCAGUGUGCAAUCUCUUGUAAUUGGUCAGACUGGAUCAAUAACAGCACAGGACAAGGUGGUGAUGGAGACGCUGAACUCUUGGAGGAAAUCGCUAAAUCUGUUCCAGGAUCUUGCAGACACCCUGAAGAAAUAGAAUGUAGGGAGGUUGACAGAAAAGUACCCUUCAAUGAAACCGGGCAGGAACUAAAAUGUGACGUGACAUUCGGCCUAAUUUGUUACGACAAAGACCAAGUAUUCCAAGUAUUAACAGAUAAAUGUUAUGAUUAUGAAAUCCGUGUUAAAUGUUGCUUUUCCGAAUGUUUGACAGCACCUACCCCAACAUCUACUACCAUUAAGUCCACAUCUACCUCCAAUCCAACGGCCUCGACAACUACUAAAUCUACAACAUCCACCGGUGAAACCACAACAACAACAAAAACUACAGAAAGACCAACAACUACAUCAACAGAAACAUCUCAGAGCACAACCCGAACGACAGAGUCAUCUACCUCCAAACCAACAUCGUCGACAACUACUAAAUCUACAACAUCCACCGGUGAAACCACAACAACAACAAAAACUACAGAAAGACCAACAACUACAUCAACAGAAACAUCUCAGAGCACAACCCGAACGACAGGAUCAUCUGUUCCCACAACAAUCAGACCAUUGACAUCAUCAACAGAGGAAACCACCUCGUUCACACCACCAACUGCACCGGUUGUUCAAAACACCACAUCUUCAACACCGACUGUGACAACUUCUACCACUACCAAGGAACACACAACCACUUCCACGUCCACCACCACAGAAAAGGUAUCUACCACGAGCAUGAAGGCCUCCACAACACCUCAAUCCACAACAUCCACCGGUGAAACCACAACAACAACAAAAACUACAGAAAGACCAACAACUACAACAACAGAAACAUCUCAGAGCACAACCCGAACGACAGAGUCAUCUACCUCCAAACCAACAUCGUCGACAACUACUAAAUCUACAACAUCCACCGGUGAAACCACAACAACAACAAAGACUACAGAAAGACCAACAACUACAUCAACAGAAGCAUCUCAGAGCACAACCGGAACGACAGAGUCAUCUACCUCCAAACCAACAUCGUCGACAACUACUAAAUCCACAACAUCCACCGGUGAAACCACAACAACAACAAAAACUACAGAAAGACCAACAACUACAUCAACAGAAACAUCUCAGAGCACAACCCGAAUGACAGGAUCAUCUGUUCCCACAACAACCACACCAUUCGGAUCAUCAACAGCCACGACUUCUUCAACACCGACUGUGACAACUUCUACCACGACCAAGGAACACACAACCACGUCCACCUCCACAACCACGCAGUGUGCAAUCUCUUGUAAUUGGUCAGAUUGGAUCAAUAACAGCACAGGACAAGGUGGUGAUGGAGACGCUGAACUCUUGGAGGAAAUCGCUAAAUCUGUUCCAGGAUCUUGCAGACACCCUGAAGAAAUAGAAUGUAGGGAGGUUGACAGAAAAGUACCCUUCAAUGAAACCGGGCAGGAAGUAAAAUGUGACGUGACAUUCGGCCUAAUUUGUUAUGACAAAGACCAAGUAUUCCAAAUAUUAACACAUAAAUGUUAUGAUUAUGAAAUCCGUGUUAAAUGUUGCUUCUCCGAAUGUUUGACAGCACCUACCCCAACAUCUACUACCAUUAAGUCCACAUCUACCUCCAAUCCAACGGCCUCGACAACUACUAAAUCCACAACAUCCACCGGUGAAACCACAACAACAACAAAAACUACAGAAAGGCCAACAACUACAUCAACAGAAACAUCUCAGAGCACAACCCGAGCGACAGGAUCAUCUGUUCCCACAACAACCACACCAUUCGGAUCAUCAACAGCCACCACAUCUUCAACACCGACUGUGACAACUUCUACCACGACCAAGGAACACACAACCACGUCCACCUCCACCUCCACCUCCACAACCACGCAGUGUGCAAUCUCUUGUAAUUGGUCAGACUGGAUCAAUAACAGCACAGGACAAGGUGGUGAUGGAGACGCUGAACUCUUGGAGGAAAUCGCUAAAUCUGUUCCAGGAUCUUGCAGACACCCUGAAGAAAUAGAAUGUAGGGAGGUUGACAGAAAAGUACCCUUCAAUGAAACCGGGCAGGAACUAAAAUGUGACGUGACAUUCGGCCUAAUUUGUUACGACAAAGACCAAGUAUUCCAAGUAUUAACAGAUAAAUGUUAUGAUUAUGAAAUCCGUGUUAAAUGUUGCUUUUCCGAAUGUUUGACAGCACCUACCCCAACAUCUACUACCAUUAAGUCCAUAUCUACCUCCAAUCCAACGGCCUCGACAACUACUAAAUCUACAACAUCCACCGGUGAAACCACAACAACAACAAAAACUACAGAAAGACCAACAACUACAUCAACAGAAACAUCUCAGAGCACAACCCGAACGACAGAGUCAUCUACCUCCAAACCAACAUCGUCGACAACUACUAAAUCUACAACAUCCACCGGGGAAACCACAAGAACAACAAAAACUACAGAAAGACCAACAACUACAUCAACAGAAACAUCUCAGAGCACAACCCGAACGACAGGAUCAUCUGUUCCCACAACAACCACACCAUUCGGAUCAUCAACAGCCAUCACAUCUUCAACACCGACUGUGACAACUUCUACCACGACCAAGGAACACACAACCACGUCCACCUCCACCUCCACCUCCACAACCACGCAGUGUGCAAUCUCUUGUAAUUGGUCAGACUGGAUCAAUAACAGCACAGGACAAGGUGGUGAUGGAGACGCUGAACUCUUGGAGGAAAUCGCUAAAUCUGUUCCAGGAUCUUGCAGACACCCUGAAGAAAUAGAAUGUAGGGAGGUUGACAGAAAAGUACCCUUCAAUGAAACCGGGCAGGAAGUAAAAUGUGACGUGACAUUCGGCCUAAUUUGUUACGACAAAGACCAAGUAUUCCAAGUAUUAACAGAUAAAUGUUAUGAUUAUGAAAUCCGUGUUAAAUGUUGCUUUUCCGAAUGUUUGACAGCACCUACCCCAACAUCUACUACCAUUAAGUCCACAUCUACCUCCAAUCCAACGGCCUCGACAACUACUAAAUCUACAACAUCCACCGGUGAAACCACAACAACAACAAAAACUACAGAAAGACCAACAACUACAUCAACAGAAACAUCUCAGAGCACAACCCGAACGACAGGAUCAUCUGUUCCCACAACAACCACACCAUUCGGAUCAUCAACAGCCACCACAUCUUCAACACCGACUGUGACAACUUCUACCACGACCAAGGAACACACAACCACGUCCACCUCCACAACCACGCAAUGUGCAAUCUCUUGUAAUUGGUCAGACUGGAUCAAUAACAGCACAGGACAAGGUGGUGAUGGAGACUCUGAACUCUUGGAGGAAAUCGCUAAAUCUGUUCCAGGAUCUUGCAGACACCCUGAAGAAAUAGAAUGUAGGGAGGUUGACAGAAAAGUACCCUUCAAUGAAACCGGGCAGGAAGUAAAAUGUGACGUGACAUUCGGCCUAAUUUGUUACGACAAAGACCAAGUAUUCCAAGUAUUAACAGAUAAAUGUUAUGAUUAUGAAAUCCGUGUUAAAUGUUGCUUUUCUGAAUGUUUGACAGCACCUACCCCAACAUCUACUACCAUUAAGUCCACAUCUACCUCCAAUCCAACAGCCUCGACAACUACUAAAUCUACAACAUCCACCGGUGAAACCACAACAACAACAAAAACUACAGAAAGACCAACAACUACAUCAACAGAAACAUCUCAGAGCACAACCCGAACGACAGGAUCAUCUGUUCCCACAACAACCACACCAUUCGGAUCAUCAACAGCCACCACAUCUUCAACACCGACUGUGACAACUUCUACCACGACCAAGGAACACACAACCACGUCCACCUCCACCUCCACCUCCACAACCACGCAGUGUGCAAUCUCUUGUAAUUGGUCAGACUGGAUCAAUAACAGCACAGGACAAGGUGGUGAUGGAGACGCUGAACUCUUGGAGGAAAUCGCUAAAUCUGUUCCAGGAUCUUGCAGACACCCUGAAGAAAUAGAAUGUAGGGAGGUUGACAGAAAAGUACCCUUCAAUGAAACCGGGCAGGAACUAAAAUGUGACGUGACAUUCGGCCUAAUUUGUUACGACAAAGACCAAGUAUUCCAAGUAUUAACAGAUAAAUGUUAUGAUUAUGAAAUCCGUGUUAAAUGUUGCUUUUCCGAAUGUUUGACAGCACCUACCCCAACAUCUACUACCAUUAAGUCCACAUCUACCUCCAAUCCAACGGCCUCGACAACUACUAAAUCUACAACAUCCACCGGUGAAACCACAACAACAACAAAAACUACAGAAAGACCAACAACUACAUCAACAGAAACAUCUCAGAGCACAACCCGAACGACAGGAUCAUCUGUUCCCACAACAACCACACCAUUCGGAUCAUCAACAGCCAUCACAUCUUCAACACCGACUGUGACAACUUCUACCACGACCAAGGAACACACAACCACGUCCACCUCCACCUCCACCUCCACAACCACGCAGUGUGCAAUCUCUUGUAAUUGGUCAGACUGGAUCAAUAACAGCACAGGACAAGGUGGUGAUGGAGACGCUGAACUCUUGGAGGAAAUCGCUAAAUCUGUUCCAGGAUCUUGCAGACACCCUGAAGAAAUAGAAUGUAGGGAGGUUGACAGAAAAGUACCCUUCAAUGAAACCGGGCAGGAAGUAAAAUGUGACGUGACAUUCGGCCUAAUUUGUUACGACAAAGACCAAGUAUUCCAAGUAUUAACAGAUAAAUGUUAUGAUUAUGAAAUCCGUGUUAAAUGUUGCUUUUCCGAAUGUUUGACAGCACCUACCCCAACAUCUACUACCAUUAAGUCCACAUCUACCUCCAAUCCAACGGCCUCGACAACUACUAAAUCUACAACAUCCACCGGUGAAACCACAACAACAACAAAAACUACAGAAAGACCAACAACUACAUCAACAGAAACAUCUCAGAGCACAACCCGAACGACAGGAUCAUCUGUUCCCACAACAACCACACCAUUCGGAUCAUCAACAGCCACCACAUCUUCAACACCGACUGUGACAACUUCUACCACGACCAAGGAACACACAACCACGUCCACCUCCACAACCACGCAAUGUGCAAUCUCUUGUAAUUGGUCAGAUUGGAUCAAUAACAGCACAGGACAAGGUGGUGAUGGAGACGCUGAACUCUUGGAGGAAAUCGCUAAAUCUGUUCCAGGAUCUUGCAGACACCCUGAAGAAAUAGAAUGUAGGGAGGUUGACAGAAAAGUACCCUUCAAUGAAACCGGGCAGGAAGUAAAAUGUGACGUGACAUUCGGCCUAAUUUGUUACGACAAAGACCAAGUAUUCCAAGUAUUAACAGAUAAAUGUUAUGAUUAUGAAAUCCGUGUUAAAUGUUGCUUUUCUGAAUGUUUGACAGCACCUACCCCAACAUCUACUACCAUUAAGUCCACAUCUACCUCCAAUCCAACAGCCUCGACAACUACUAAAUCUACAACAUCCACCGGUGAAACCACAACAACAACAAAAACUACAGAAAGACCAACAACUACAUCAACAGAAACAUCUCAGAGCACAACCCGAACGACAGGAUCAUCUGUUCCCACAACAACCACACCAUUCGGAUCAUCAACAGCCACCACAUCUUCAACACCGACUGUGACAACUUCUACCACGACCAAGGAACACACAACCACGUCCACCUCCACAACCACGCAAUGUGCAAUCUCUUGUAAUUGGUCAGAUUGGAUCAAUAACAGCACAGGACAAGGUGGUGAUGGAGACGCUGAACUCUUGGAGGAAAUCGCUAAAUCUGUUCCAGGAUCUUGCAGACACCCUGAAGAAAUAGAAUGUAGGGAGGUUGACAGAAAAGUACCCUUCAAUGAAACCGGGCAGGAAGUAAAAUGUGACGUGACAUUCGGCCUAAUUUGUUACGACAAAGACCAAGUAUUCCAAGUAUUAACAGAUAAAUGUUAUGAUUAUGAAAUCCGUGUUAAAUGUUGCCUUUCCGAAUGUUUCACAGCACCUACCCCAACAUCUACUACCAUUAAGUCCACAUCUACCUCCAAUCCAACAGCCUCGACAACUACUAAAUCCACAACAUCCACCGGUGAAACCACAACAACAACAAAAACUACAGAAAGGCCAACAACUACAUCAACAGAAACAUCUCAGAGCACAACCCGAACGACAGGAUCAUCUGUUCCCACAACAAUCAGACCAUUGACAUCAUCAACAGAGGAAACCACCUCGUUCACACCACCAACUGCACCGGUUGUUCAAAACACCACAUCUUCAACACCGACUGUGACAACUUCUACCACUACCAAGGAACACACAACCACUUCCACGUCCACCACCACAGAAAAGGUAUCUACCACGAGCAUGAAGGCCUCCACAACACCUCAAUCCACAACAUCCACCGGUGAAACCACAACAACAACAAAAACUACAGAAAGACCAACAACUACAACAACAGAAACAUCUCAGAGCACAACCCGAACGACAGAGUCAUCUACCUCCAAACCAACAUCGUCGACAACUACUAAAUCCACAACAUCCACCGGUGAAACCACAACAACAACAAAAACUACAGAAAGACCAACAACUACAUCAACAGAAACAUCUCAGAGCACAACCGGAACGACAGGAUCAUCUGUUCCCACAACAACCACACCAUUCGGAUCAUCAACAGCCACGACUUCUUCAACACCGACUGUGACAACUUCUACCACGACCAAGGAACACACAACCACGUCCACUUCCACCUCCACAACCACGCAGUGUGCAAUCUCUUGUAAUUGGUCGGAUUGGAUCAAUAACAGCACAGGACAAGGUGGUGAUGGAGACGCUGAACUCUUGGAGGAAAUCGCUAAAUCUGUUCCAGGAUCUUGCAGACACCCUGAAGAAAUAGAAUGUAGGGAGGUUGACAGAAAAGUACCCUUCAAUGAAACCGGGCAGGAAGUAAAAUGUGACGUGACAUUCGGCCUAAUUUGUUACGACAAAGACCAAGUAUUCCAAGUAUUAACAGAUAAAUGUUAUGAUUAUGAAAUCCGUGUUAAAUGUUGCUUUUCUGAAUGUUUGACAGCACCUACCCCAACAUCUACUACCAUUAAGUCCACAUCUACCUCCAAUCCAACAGCCUCGACAACUACUAAAUCUACAACAUCCACCGGUGAAACCACAACAACAACAAAGACUACAGAAAGACCAACAACUACAUCAACAGAAGCAUCUCAGAGCACAACCGGAACGACAGAGUCAUCUACCUCCAAACCAACAUCGUCGACAACUACUAAAUCCACAACAUCCACCGGUGAAACCACAACAACAACAAAAACUACAGAAAGACCAACAACUACAUCAACCGAAACAUCUCAGAGCACAACCCGAACGACAGGAUCAUCUGUUCCCACAACAACCACACCAUUUGUGUCAUCAACAAAGGAGGCCACCACAUCUUCAACGCUGACUGUAACAACGUCUCUCACUACCAUCCCCACUACCACAGAGGAAACCCGUACGACAUCACAAACUACAAUGAAACCAACGUAUUCCACGACAGAAAGACUGACCACCUCAGAAGUAGCUUCAACUCUGCAUUCCUCCACACCUCGUAGUACUACUUCAUGCUCCUGUGUGUACAUGGGUCAGACUUUCCCGCCUGGUAGCUACAUUUACAACAAAACUGACGAAGAAGCAUGGUGUUUCACUGCAUACUGCAAUGUGGAUUGUGUGGUUGACAAGCAUUCUAUACCUUGUCAAUCCACAACCGCACCAAGUUCCACCACAGUUACAACUGCUACACAAUCCUGUACCACAACUCUUAUUUCAAUUUGUACAUCACCACACCCACCUGAAAAUUGUUCAUUCCUCGUCCCACCAAGACAGCACGGAGAGACCUGGAAACCAAACAAAUGUGUCACCAAAACAUGUUACGACGGAGAAGAGAGAACCACACACGUGCCUUGUGGUGCAGUCACCGUGCCCCGAUGUGAAAAUGGAUAUCCACCAGUCAAAGUCUAUGAUGAGGACGGCUGCUGCUUCCAUUACGAAUGCCAAUGUAUCUGCAGCGGUUGGGGAGGUCUUCAUUACACAACAUUUGAUGGCCAGUAUUACAACUAUCAGAAAAACUGCACAUAUGUGCUGGUUCAAGAAGUCGCUCCUCGAUAUAACUUCAGCGUCACCAUUGAUAAUGAGAACUGCGACGCUCGUGGAGAUGCAGCAUGUGUGAAGGCAUUAACCGUGAAUUACAAAAACUAUGAAAUCGUUUUAACCCACGGAGCAGACACCAAAGGAGUGCUCAAGGCUUUGGUUAACGGGACCCAGGUCAUCCCCGCCUACUCCAACAAAGACUUCAGUGUCAUCAGCACUGCUGUCAAACUGGUUCUCAGAAUACCUGCCAUCCAUGCAAUUGUUACUUUCAAAGGCCUGUUUUUCACCAUUGAACUGCCACCGUCUCAUUUCUACAACAACACAGCGGGACAGUGCGGAAAUUGUGACAACAAUGCAAGCAACGACUGCAGGUUCCCAAAUGGUGGAAUGAAUGCGUCGUGCAGUGAUAUGGCUGAUCACUGGCAAAUUCCCGAUAAAAAUAUGACGUAUUGUGCAACUCCACCACCCAAGGGUCCAGAGCCAUGUACCAAUAAGUCGGAUUUAUGUGAACUCCUCCUGAGCAAGGUAUUUGACAAAUGUCACAGCAAAAUCAGACCAGAGCAGAUCUACAUGGCUUGUCAGUAUGAUACCUGCCGAAUGUCAAACACCACGAUUGGGUGCUCCAGUUUGGAGAUGUAUGCUGAAUUAUGUGGAGAAGCUUCUGUCUGUAUUGACUGGAGGAAUGCUACUAACGGAACAUGUGAAUAUAAGUGUCCAGGAAAUAAAGUCUACAAUCCUUGUAUUGACCAUGACACUGAACCAACUUGCAAUGCCAGAUAUAAUGACAAACUUAAGGAGCAAGUCGAGAACAGUAGCAGCAGUGGAAGCAAAGUGUACUUCGAAGGCUGUGUCUGUCCUGAAGGGACAACACUGUUCUCCUCACGCUCUGACUUGUGUGUCACAGCCUGUUGCACUGGGCCAGAUGGAAAACCCAAACAACCAGGGGACAGCUGGCAGAGCGGCUGUCAGCAGUGUGUGUGUGAUGGAGACACAAUGGGUGUGGAGUGCUCCAACCUCACAUGUUCAACUCCGGAACCUGUUAUCUGUAAUAAUGAGGGUGAGGUGAUGGUGACCCGACUCGUGGACUGCUGUCCGACCCUGGUCUGUGAAUGUGACAGAUCUCAGUGCUCACUGAUGACUACAAGGUGCCCGGCUGGAUUUGAGCUGCAGGUUUCAUUUCCAAAUGACACUUGCUGCCCCUCUCACACCUGUGUACCUAAAGGUGUAUGCGUCUUCAAUAAUACUGAGUUCAAACCUGGUGUGACGUUUUCCAAAUCUCUGUGUGAGUCAUGCAUCUGCACCAAAGAUCAAGACCCAGUGACCAAGUUGAAUCGGGAAGUCUGCUCUCCGAUAGAGUGUCAUCCAUGCGGCCUGGGGUACGAGAAUGUCCCCUACCCAGGACAAUGUUGUGGAGCGUGUAACAAGACAAGUUGUGUUUUCAGAAAACCUGGUUCUCAGGAGCUAAAAAUUCUGACGCCAUCCCAAUCCUGGUCACCAGAGGGAGACAACUGCACUGUUUUUGAAUGUGCAAUGACCGAUGGUGAAAUAACCCUGAUAGAAAGCACUGUCAGUUGUACGUUUGAUCCAGAAAACUGCAUUCCUGGAACUGAACACACCGACAAGAGUGGGUGUUGCCCAACAUGUAUUCCAAAAUCGGAGUGCAAACCCCGGACAAACACCACAUAUUUGUACAUAAAUGGCUGUAAGUCAGUCGAUGAGGUAGAAAUCACAGAGUGUGAAGGAACCUGCGGAGCAUCCUCUUCCAUGUACUCUGCGGACAGCAAUACUAUGAUGCAUUCGUGCGCCUGCUGUCAGGAGAUUUCUACGAGCCUGAAGGAAGUGGAGAUGAACUGCCCUGAUGGCACCAAGAAGAUGCACAACUACACUUCUGUUGACCAGUGUGGUUGCAAAGCUGCUGAAUGUGCCACGGGCUCAGACAUGACAGGAGAUGCAAAAGUAGGGAGAGCGCAAAGGGAGGCCAAUAGACAAAAGCGGCGGUUAGACAAAAUGGCAGAGAGAGAGUCCAAACGAGAACAGAAAGAGGCUCUGCGGGAGAAUAAACGAAAAGACAAAAGUCAAAAGUCAAAGACCAGAAGUGACCAAAAUCCAAACAAAAAGAACGCGCGGAAUGAAUCGGACACAAAGAAGAACUUAAAAAAGAAUCAACAGAAUCAGGAUCAACCUGAAGGAAACACUCAGGCGGGUCGAUCAUAGAACCACGGUUGAAACGUUCACGAUCAUCUGGCACUGCACUGUCGUCCAGUUACUCCUUCAUCAAGAGAGGAUGAGGUGCAGCUGCCGAUCGCGCGCGUUCUGUCAAGACAGCGGAAACACACAGGAUAGGUCCACACAAAAUAAAAGCAUGAUAGGAGGGGACCUGACAGAAUGUGCAGCGAAAUCGACGUGAACCUGAAUAAAACCGUUGUGGCAGUUCCAUACAUACAUUUACAUUAAAGUAGUUACCCUUCUUAGAAGAUCUUGGUGUCGUAUAACGUCUUUCUGGGCUGACUGGGUUGUUGUAUCUGUUUCAAAAUCUCUGGCGAAACAUUGAUUCAUUCUAUGAAAUAAAAUAUAUGUGUGUGUUUUAAAAGAAGAACUGUACGCUCAAUAUAUUGUGUAACACAUGUACUCAUAAAAGGUCGUCUGUUUCAUUAAAAGUCUAGCAAGCAUA